UUUCGGGAUACUUUAUCACCUCCGAAGCUAUAAAAAGUUGUCUCCAUUCAUUGGUUGACAAUCUGAAAACAUUUUCGGGAAUACGGAACCAUUCCAAGUCAGAACCAUUGCGCGUUGCUUCGGCAGCAUACAUACAUCCACUCACUCACAAACACAGGACUUGUGGACAAGUUACUGGAUACACGCAAAGUUACUUACUAAUACGGUAAAAGGUAAAGUUGCAAUUUUGGAGUACUUUCAGGCUCUAUUCCUUGUAGUUUUAUUUUAUACUACUAGAUUUCUUCUUUCCUAAACCCCUUUUUUGUGUAUCUCGUAUCCUAAUUUUGUGUAUCUCAUAUUUUAAUCUCGGUAAUCACCUCCCAAUCUCCCUGGCAUCAUGUCAAGUAAUAAGGUCACUAGUACUCUUUACACUGUAACAACUAGGAAGACUUAUAGAGGCAUAAACCCCGAGGUCGAUAGCGCAUCAAAAAUUCCAAUAUCGUGCGAACGGGCUGCUAAAAAUCCCAAAAGGUCAGUCGAUAGUACGCCCCUCAGUGUCCACACUUUAGACCACUCAACUCAGACACCACAGAGGAGGCAAGACACCACCCCUAUUCCUAAAAAGACCAGUAAGUCAGUUAAGAAUAGGAGGAAAAGACGCCCCAAGGCUCGGUCGACACUGAAACAGCAUAAGGACGACUGUUUUGCCUGCUCAUCACCAGUCAAAACCAGCGACCAUGCUUUUGAAUGCAAUUUCUGCAGUACGUGGGUACAUUGUCACUGCGACAAUACAGUACCUAAAGAGUACUAUGGUUUCAUGCUGAGUCACCCCUGCCCAUGGUUCUGGUACGUCUGCCCUCGGUGCAGAGUUUCUGAGGCAUUGACAAAGCCACAGGUCUCACCUAAAACCAGCCCUCAAGUCCAAACGACUAAGGCAAAAUCGCCUGGCACUAAACCGGUAAAACAAGUGACCAAGGCUACAACAACCCUGCCUAACACGCCGACAAAACCGCCGGUUGUUGUUGUCCCCCCAGUAGCUACCAGCAACAGGCAACAAUCGGUAACCGUGAAGAAGGGAAAGGGAAACACCCCAACUCACAAGCAGCCUCCACCCAAGACCAGGGACAACAGAUCUAACUCCCUCAUCUUAUUUAACGUCCCAGUGUCGGAAGGAAGCUUGCUAGAAGGUAGGGCUGCCUUCGACAAAGAGCAAUGGGAUAAAUUCUGCUCCACCCUCGGAAUGUGCGAGGUCCCAGCUAAAAUCUGUCGCCUUUUCAAAGGUCAGAACGUCUCGAAAGGAAAACCCCCUCCAAUGAGGGUAACUCUUGAUUCAGCACGACUAGCUGAGGACAUCAUCCUUUCGUCCCAAAGACCAUCGGUCAAAUUGUCCUCGCUGAUUCGUAUCAGGCAUGACAAGCCGUGGUCGGUACGUGCAGCAGCCAGAACUGCACCAGACACCCAGGAACAGACCACCAUGGUAGUUCACGGCAUACCCGAACUCACCAAUGGUAACCCGGACGAAGCACACGAGCACGAUGUGCAACAGUGGCGAUGGCUAUCGCGUAGCUUAUCCCUCCACACCCCGAUGGCAGUCUCCAUCUCCAGGUUGCCCCGCCCGUCACACCUUACGUCUAUCAAGUCACCACGCCUGAUAGCUGUAACACUCAGGAACCGGGAAGACCUGACCGAAACACUACAAGCUUGGUACAGUUCGAAGAACGAUCUACCUAGCCACAUCAGAUGUUGCGAGAGCCGACCUAGAUCUGUGAGACAACAACAGGGAGGCCAAAAUGAACGCACACAGCUGAUAGUUAAACUCGGUCAACUACCUCUGGCUCAAGAUGUGAGUGAACCAACCGCGCAGGCAAAAAACCUGCAGAGGCCAGUUCCCACAGAACUGGCCGACUCGGUUUAAAUAACUUGUCUGAAAACCCGACUAAGGCUGAUGCUGCAAAUGUGCACCAGGUUCAGAGACAAACCACCAAGUGCCUCUAUAGCAACGUAAGAGGACUAAGGGGUAAGCUGUUAGAAGUCAGGAAUAUGCGCUCUCAGAUGGAUCUGAAGAUCAUAAUCCUAACAGAAACAUGGCUAUCCCCCGACAUUGCCGACGCAGAAGUGGGCUUGCCAGGCAUGACACUCUUCCGAAGCGAUAGGGAACACCAAACUGGAGGUGGAGUGGCUAUAUAUGUAAAUAGCCACUUAAAAGCAGAGCGGCUAUACAACACCCAACUAACUGAGGUGACAGAAUCAUGUUGGUGUUGGUUCCACUCAAAUGGCACGAAAUACUUGAUUGGAGGGAUCUACCGACCUCCUUCGGGUACUAGGGCCCAGAAAAGCAAACUGGUUGACGUAAUUCUGCAACUGCCACUCCUGGGGUUCGACCAAAUACUCUUAGCUGGAGAUUUCAAUACCCCAUCUUUAAAUCUCAGCAACCAGAGUAUCACCCCCACUGGUUGGUUCCAAAGACAACUUGGUACAGCCAUUAGAAGCUCUGGCAUGACUGAGCAUGUACGCAGCGCCACUAGGUGGACUAAGGAAGGGAAGUCCUCAAACCUAGAUUAUCUGUUAACGAACGACCAGCUCCUGGUUGAGGAUGUUAACAUCCGCGCUCCAAUAGGUAGUAGUGACCAUGGCACAGUCCUGUUUAACAUGGUCACAAACGAAAUGCUGACACCGGACAAUAACGAGCCUUACCUCUGCUACAGUAGGGCAAACUACACACGCAUGAGAGAGGUGCUCCUACAUGCCCCAUGGCCACGGGAGUGGCGGAGGCUGACAGUAGAUGAUCACUGGCAAGCAGUGAGAGAUAUCAUCCAAAACGCUGUCGUAGACAAUGUACCUCAAUCACACCCAAAACGCCAGAACAGAAGAACCUGGGUUAGGCGCGGCACGGAACGCUUGCUACAGGCGAAGAGGAAAGCCUGGCACAAGUGGAAGGUCUCCUUGAAGGAUUCCGAUCGCAGUUCUUACUUGGCAUUGAGAAACAGAUGCAAUACCAAAGUUCGAAGCGACAGGAGACAAUUCCAGCCGAUACUAGCCGCCAGAAUAGAGGCAAACCCGAAACAUCUGUUUAGGUUCAUGUCCAAAAGAAAACCUACUAAUCAAGGGUUGUGCCCCCUAAAAGGGCCUAACGGAGAAGACCUCACCAACCUAGAAAUGGCCGAGAUCUUCAACACCCAUUUUUCUGAUCAAUUAAACCAGGCGCCUACAUGUUCAGAGUAUUACGCCAACCCAAUGCCAGCUGACGGCUUAGGGAACAUCCGUAUCACCCCUGACCUAGUAUUAAGGAAACUAAAAUCCUUACGCCCAGGUAAGUCACCAGGUUGUGACAACAUCCGCCCUAUAGUCUUGCAACAGUGCGCUGAAGCCCUCUGUUCACCGUUAUGCAACCUCUUCAGGCAUUCACUGGAGUCACACCAAUUCCCAGCGGAAUGGAAACAAGCUACUCUCUCUCCAAUCUUCAAAGGAGGAGAUAGAAAGGACCCAGC